UCGGAUUAUAUUUUUAGCCUUUUCUAAGUGAAUGAAAAUUAUUUAAGGACGAAAAAUGCCGUCGUUUUGGGGGCUGGCACAUUUUCAGCUUUGAGUCAGGUGACGCGCGUUGCCGAAAAGCCAGAAUUAGCCCGCCGCCGCUGCCGACCACGAAUUAUUUUCGAUGCCAAAUUAGAGAGAGACAGAUUGACGCGCGCGCACAGCACACGCGAUGAGAAAAUCGUCCGAUUCUCCGCAGCCGCCGAAGACGCGAUGCUGCGCGCUCAUAGAAGCAGAGAAAGAGAGAGAAUCCGUACACACACACACACACACACACACACGCUCCUACAAAGGCGGCUGGAUUGACGCAAAGAGGCAGCGCGCGCGGCUCAGAUAAUUGCACUGGCGACGCAGUUUCGCGCUAAUUGCUCCAACGCGAUGAUGGUGCUGGUGGGCGUGAUCGCCGGUCUUCUGGGGGCGGCGUGGGGCGGCCACGUGCAGCAGGAGGUGGCCGAAGGUUCGUCAGUGACGCUGCCCUGCCUCAGCACGGCCGACGGCGAGCACCAGUUCCAGUUCUGGAUGCUCGACGACGACUCCAUCGUCGGCCCUGACAACCCUGGCGACCGCAAGAAGUACACUUACGAGGUCCUCUCCGGCAACCUUUCCAUCAGGGCUGUUAACGUGGACGACUCGGGGCAUUACCGGUGCGUGGCCAAGGGCUGGAAAAGCCCCAUUUUCAAUAUCGAACAAGUCGAGUUGGUCGUGCACAAAGACUGGGAGGAAGUUUGGGCCGAUGACACUGGGGUGAACAUCCUGCGCGGCGUGCUGGCGUUAACGGCGCUGUGCGUGUGCGGCGGCGUGGCGUGCGUGCUGCUGCGCAUGCGCAGGCACAACUACCUCAAGAGCGAAGGUAGUCAGUUGUUCUGCAGACCCAUUUACAAAUCUGAGCGCAUUGUGCCUGUAGAUCUGUCCGACGAGGAGGACGAGCUGCAACAGAACGAAGGCAACAGCAGCCCGCAGCGCCGCGCCAGCAUCGUCGAGAUCAACGUGCUCGAGACCGACCUGCCGAGGACCCUAAACUCCAUGUACAGGUCCAACUGACCUCUGCCGCACAAAUUGUUUCUCUCUGGACAUUCCGACGUGCGCUCUGCUUUAUUGUUUUAUGUAUUGAAUGGAUUUUUCGACCGCGCGGGUGUGUCCACGCGCUGGUUGUGUGUUAUGUAAAUAAUAAAAUGUCAGAAAAUGUAUUUUAGAGAAAUCGAAA